AUGUUUAUCGGCCCCAGCUUCCUCUCCUGCCUCGCUGUGGUUUCUGUGGCCUUGGCUGUCGACAAUGACAAGAACCCAGACCUCGUUGCUAAGCUUCGCGUGGCUGACACGCACCUGGACCGCAUGAACUUGCUCCCGAAUGAUUCGGACUGGUUCUUUGACUUCACCAAGCAGGACAAGUACACCUUCUCGCCUGGGGGAGUGGUCAAUGCCAACGCUGCUACUUUCCCAGCAACGGUUGGCCAUGGCAUGACAAUGGCGCUACUCAAUUUGGGCCCCUGCUCCAUGCUUCCACCGCACAUUCAUCCCCGUGCCACCAACUUUGUCGUUGCCAUCGCAGGGACCACGCAAACCUACAUGGUGGCCGAGAACGGUGCCCGAACCGUGACUGAAACGCUCCAACCAGGCCAGAUGACCAUCUUUCCUCAAGCCUCCAUCCACACCAUGAUGAACAUUGGCUGCGAGAAUGCGCAGUUGGUCUCGGCCCUCAACUCCGACGACUCCGGGACCACCAACCUCGCCAACACAUUCUUCUCGUUUCCACAGAACAUCACCGGGACCAUCAUUGGAGGCGGACUGAACCCUCGGGACAUCUAUGGGCGAGUACCGGCCGUCGGGACAGGCAGCAACGCGGGCCCUCAGGCGUGCAUUGCCGCGUGCGCGAAGAAGGGGAAGAUGAUCAAGCGAAAACACGAAGUGCCGUCCUGGAACUAA